AUGUCUUCUCCGCCGGAAAACGCUGACGAAAACGCCGACGAAGAAACCCAGAACAGAGAAAUUCCGACGCACAUCAUAUCGACUGAGAUAUUGAGUGAAACCCAGAACAGAGGUAUUCCAACAGACGUCAUAUUGACUGAAAUCCUUCCAAGACUUCCCGCCAAUUCACUUCUCCGACUCAAAUGGGUCUGUAAAGAAUGGCAGUUGUUUAUCUCGAGUACCAAGUUCAUCAUUAAUCAUGCUCUCCACCCUAAUUCUCUCUCCUCGAGGUCUGUUCUUUUCAUUGACCCUUAUACUUCAUUAACUGCUUUCGAUUUUGGAGAUUCUGGAAAUGUUCGAAUCAUCAAAUUUGGCCGAUAUUCCACUACAAAUCCCAUUUUCUUGAUUGGUUCUUGUAACGGUUUAGUUUUGUUGAUUUGUUCUCAUGCUCAGACUGGUUUAGUGCUAUCUCCAAGUUUUCUUCUUAAUUAUGGAUUUGAUUACAGGGUUUAUAAUCCUGUUCUUCAGCUUGAUAUUGUGAUUCCCCAACCUCUAGGAUUUGUUCUUCGGAGUGAUCAUUUUGCUGCACAGGAUUGUAGUUUUGGGUUUGGUAGUGUUUCAACCCAUGACUGUCUGGAAUUCUUCAUUGUUGCCGUUAAUAUUCGAAUGGGAAAUGUUGCUGUCUUUGAAUCUUCCACGAGAAGAUGGGUUAUAAUGCACACAUUGCGAAGGAAUCUGCCAAUUUUAUUUCAAGAUGCUUGGUAUGUACAUAGUGGAACACUGGUGAAUGAAGCUUUACAUUGGGGUGUUACUGUAGGAAUGAAUCUCAGAUGCAUUGCUGUCUUUGAUUUGGUUAGUCGGCGUAGGAUCAAAUUUAUGAAAUUGCCGUAUGCCUAUUUUGGGGAACCUGAUUGUCCUGAUAUUGUUCGUUCUGCUUUUAGUUUGUGUCGUAUAAAUGAUCGCUUGUGUGCUUGGGCUUAUUAUAAUGGUGGAUAUGUAGUUGAUAUGUGGAUGUUGAAAGAAUAUGAUGUGUGGGAAUCAUGGACCAGGUUGUUUUGUUAUGAUCUGAGAUGUGAAUAUUGGAAUUUUUUUGGACUUACCAAGGCUAGAGAGGUUAUGAUGUUCCAUUUUAAUUGGCUAGUACUUAUUGACUUCAGCCGAGUUCCACUUGUAUCGAGGCCUCUUUAUUUUGGACACCAAGUGACAGCAGUGAAUUAUGUUCAAAGCCUUGUAUCACCUUAUACAGUUUUUCUUUACGGUGAACAGAAUGGAUGA